AAUCCGGUCCAGAUAUCAGUCGCACCGCGGACACGCUUUUACACGCUUCGCAGACAUUUCCGUCACCGUCGUCGCCCUGUACCACGCGGUAUUCAGUUUAUAUAUAUAUAUAUAGCGUAAUAUUAUAAUAUCGCAUACCGCCGUCGCUUCGCCGUAACAACAUUAUAUUAUACCGACGACAUGGUAUACCUGUUCCACUUCGAGCUGCCCGUGGAGGAGGCCACGUGGACGUGCCUAGCCACGGCCUACCGGUCGUACCUCAAAUGCCUGACCGUCAGCGAAGUGGACGCGUGCGCCGCGGCCGUGAUGCACCUGUCCCGGGGCUACGACCGCGUGAACCGGCGGCCUGGCCCGUCCGGGGACGACGAGGGCGGCGGCGACGACGUGGAAUGCAAGAGCGCGUGUAACGGCGCCGACGACGACCAAUCCGAAAUCACCUUUUUGACGUUUUACUACGUUAACACCAAAAAAGCUGAUAUUACGAUGCCGAGUGGUAAACGAGAUCAACCAUCCGUCGAGGAUAAUCACGAUGGAACUGUCUCACUUAAAUAUGAUCCCAAAGAAGAAGGCUUGCACGAGUUAUUCGUUAAGUACAAUGGAGAAAACGUUCAAGGUUCGCCGUUCAAAUUCCAUGUCGACUCAAUCACUAGUGGACACAUAACAGCGUACGGACCGGGACUCACACACGGCGUCAGCGGAGAACCGUCGGACUUCACCAUAUACACGAAAGGAGCCGGAGCCGGUGGACUUUCGUUGGCCGUAGAAGGUCCCAGCAAGGCUGACAUCAGUUGUCACGAUAACAAGGAUGGCACAGUGUCCGUCACGUACCUGCCGACAGCGCCCGGCGAAUACAGGAUUUCUGUCAAGUUCGGCGACAAGCACAUCAAAGGAAGCCCAUACAAUUCAAAAGUCACAGGAGAAGGCCGAAAGAGAAACCAGAUAUCCGUGGGCUCUUGCAGCGAGGUAUCGUUGCCCGGCAAAGUUCUUGACAAGGACUUCCGGCUGUUGAACGCAUCGAUCCAAGCGCCGAGUGGUCUCGAAGAACCUUGUUUCUUGAAACGCCUGCCAAACGGAAACUUAGGUAUAUCGUUCACGCCGAGAGAAAUCGGCCAACACGUAGUGUCUGUGAAACGAAUGGGCCAGCACAUCGUCAACUCGCCGUUUAAAAUCACUGUAGGUGAGCGAGAAGUCGGCGACGCGAAAAAAGUCAAAGUUACUGGCAACGGGUUGAAAGAAGGCAAAACACAUAUUGAGAAUUUGUUCACAGUGGAUACAAGAAGCGCCGGUUAUGGUGGAUUAUCGCUUUCCAUCGAAGGUCCUAGCAAAGCAGAGAUCCAAUGUAAGGACAACGAAGACGGUACAUUGAACAUAUCGUACAGGCCAACAGAACCAGGAUACUAUAUCGUGAAUUUGAAAUUCGCCGACCAUCACGUCGAUGGUUCACCGUUCACCGUUAAAGUCACAGGUGAAGGAAGCAACUGCCAGCGUGAGAAAAUUGAACGGAGGCGGGAAGCUGUACCUCUUACCGAGGUGGGCAGCAACUGCAAACUUACGUUCAAGAUGCCGGGUGUGUUGCCAUAUGAUUUAUCGUCGACUGUGACAUCACCUGGUGGCAUCACGGAAGAUGCCGAAAUCAACGAAAUCGAAGAUGGACUCUAUGCCGUUCAUUUUGUACCGAAAGAAUUGGGCGUACACACGGUGUCGGUCCGGUAUAAGGAAGUCCACAUACCCGGAUCGCCAUUCCAAUUUACCGUCGGUCCUUUGAGCGAUGGUGGAGCUCAUCGUGUACAUGCUGGAGGUUCUGGUCUAGAACGCGGUGAACAAGGGCAACCGUGUGAAUUUAACGUGUGGACUAGGGAAGCUGGCCCGGGCUCAUUAGCCAUAUCAGUCGAAGGUCCUAGUAAGGCGGAAAUUGAUUUCAAAGACCGCAAGGAUGGCUCAUGUUAUGUCAGUUACGUCGUAGGUGAACCAGGAGAAUACCGAAUUGGUAUUAAGUUUAACGAUCAGCACAUACCUGACUCACCGUACAAGCUGUUUAUAUCGCCAGCAAUGGGUGACGCGCACAAACUUGAAGUGGCGCAAUUCCCGACGUCUGGAGUCCAAGCCGAUUACCCCGCACAAUUCAUUGUUCGCAAAAACGGCGCUGUCGGCCAACUCGACGCGAAGGUGGUGUCGCCGUCCGGAACCGAAGACGACUGUUUCAUCCAAUCAAUCGAUCAAGACGAGUACUCUGUUCGUUUCAUGCCCCGCGAUAAUGGCGUUCACAAUAUACACGUCAAAUUCAACGGGGUUCACAUUCCAGGAUCGCCGUACCGCCUAAAGGUUGGCAAAGGAGACGCUGACCCAGCUGCCGUGCACGCCACUGGCAGUGGUUUGGGAGACGUCAAGACAGGACACAAGACGGAUUUCAUUGUGGACACUUGCAACGCGGGUGCCGGUACAUUGGCUGUAACCAUAGACGGACCAAGUAAGGUUUCUAUGGACUGUACCGAAGUCGAAGAAGGCUACAAAGUCAGAUAUACGCCGCUGGUGCCAGGCGAAUAUUAUAUCAGUUUGAAAUACAACGGAUAUCAUAUUGUCGGUUCGCCGUUCAAAGUCACCUGUACUGGCGAGGAUUUGGCUGAGCGCGGACCACAAGAAACAAGCUCGGUGGUAGUGGAAACCGUACACAAAGUGUCUAAAGGUCACAAGGGUGGAUCCGGUGUUGUUCUACCGCACUUCAAGUCGAACGCCACACUCGUCACAAGCAAAGGAAUGGGCUUGAAGAAAGCGUACGUGGGAAAACAAAAUCUAUUCAGCAUAAGUGCUACAGAUGCCGGCAACAAUAUGUUAUUCGUUGGUAUUUAUGGACCUAAAGGACCGUGUGAGGAGAUAUUUAUCAAACACAUGAAACAGAAUAAUUUCCAAGUGAGCUAUAUCGUCCGAGAACGUGGUGAAUACAUUCUACUGGUCAAGUGGGGCGAUGAUCACAUACCUGGCUCACCGUUCAAAAUCGAAACCUAAAUUUAAAGAAAAAAAUGAAAACAAAAAAAAAAUACAAAAAAAAAACAACAAAUGGUUCGAAGCUAGAUUACGUCGAUCUUAUCAAUCUAUGAUAUGGACAGGUGAACUCAAUCAUUAUCAUCACCAUAAUCACAAAUAAGAAGAAACAAGAAACAGGUGUCCGUCCAUCGGAAUAAAAUUAUGGUUCUACCAGAUUUAUUUGCUGCAAUUUAUUAUAGUUAGCUUCCGACUUAAUAUUAUCAUUUAAAACUUGUUUACAAAAAAAAAAAAAACCCUUUCAUUAUAGUUUUAGCAAAUAAUUAUUUACGUUCAUUCGAAAUUUCGAAUCUUAUCUUAUUUAUUUUAUAUACUAUACUCAUCGUGACUAUAUUAUAAUGUUCAUUAGUCAGAAUAUUAAUCAUUUUAUUUAUUUAUAUUAUAUUAUUAAACAAUAUAUUAUUAUUAUUAUUAUUCAACAUUGUAAUAAGUUAGUGUUCAACGAAACGUUCCGUAAGAUUUAAUAUUGAUUUGCCCGAAACAUAAUUAUCUAAUAUUAUUAUAUACCUACUUCGAAAUAGUUAUAAUAGCAUUCGUCGUCUAACCAAUUAUUAAACAACAUUCAGUGUGGUAUAAGGUAUUUAACUUAUAGCUAACCACUUCGUAUCUUCGUUAUGUGUACUGUGUACUGAUUCAAUAUGAUUUUAUACAAUAUACAUUAAUAUUAUACCUAAAUAUAUUUAUACAAAAUGGGAUGCCUGUAAAUAAAGAUUCUAUAUCAUUACGUUA